CGUCUGCUUCAGCGACCCGACGCCCCCACGACUCUGACUGGUCGCGAGUGAUCACAGCAGAGACUGUUGCAUCCUACCCCUUCACCAUCAUCGCUCCGCUAGCUUCGCGUCCAUCUUCUGACUGCCACUCAUCGAUCUAGAGACCAUCGCUACUGCUCUGCGAGCGCUUCUUCAUCCCAUUUUAGCAGUUGAAAGAGCAGAUUCGCGCAUCCCAUCCAGCACUAAAAAGAGCAGAGUUUACGCAUUUCAAUCUGGUCAUUACCUCCGCCCGGCCCCUGCCGCCACAGCUCCAGCAAUGUCUCUCAGCGCAUCACAAGCCAUCCCUGUGGCAGGUCCAAGCGUCGCUUCUUCAGCACCCGCCUCCUCUUCGACAAGAGCCCCAACGCGCUCAUCCCACAAUAUAGCGGGCAAGAAGCGCUGCACACCGUGGGAUCUGAAGAUGGAGCAGCGCAGAAAACAGCAAGAGGUCAAGGAUAUGGAAAGGAGGAUGAAGGAGGAGGUGGAGAAUGCCAGAGCUGCCAAAGGACAGGCGAUUCGCGAGCGAAGGCAGAAAGCAGCCGAAAAAGCCAGAUUGGAGACCAUGGCUACUAGAAUGAGUCAAAAGAAGCUAGACAGGAAGAGGAGACGUCUGGGCAUCACCAAAAAGGUUUCGCAUUGAUUUGCGGCUACUCCGGGGAGAGGAUAAGAAGCCAGCCAGCCGGAUUGUCCAUGCAGAACACACAUCUCUCUCUCUCCUACUAGACCUCACUUCGAGCAGAUAUCUACUGCCGCACAACCCUGCUUCAGCGAACUUGCCCUGUCCUAUCAUGAGCCGCAGUUUCAAUCUACGCAAUCGAUUCCUCUUCUCCUGCUUCGCCAGUCGAACAGUGUCAAAGACGCGCACCG